AUGCACAGACUGACUGCAGCUGGGGUGUUCAGAUCCCUUUUCAGAGUGGUGAAAACAAAUCAUUCUCAUUCCUUCUGUCGCAUGAAAGUGACAACUUCAGCAGAAUGGGUCAAAAGGCAAUUGCGAGAUCCUUACGUGCAGAUGAGACGUGCUGCCCAAUACAGGGCAAGGAGUGCCUACAAGCUCAUUGAGAUUGAUGACAAGUACAAGUUAUUCAAGAAAGGCCAAUGUGUUGUGGACUGUGGAGCAGCCCCAGGAGCUUGGACACAGGUUGCUGUCCAACGGACUCAAGUUGACACAAGUCAGGGUGAAGGGGAAGUUUGUGUAGUUGCAGUUGACCUACUUCCAAUUCAGCCAGUAAAGGGAGCCAUCACCAUUGCCCCGGCUGAUUUCACCCACCCUUCAACCAUCACCAGAAUCCAGGAUGCAUUAAGCAAUAGGGCAGUUUCUGUUGUGUUGAGUGAUAUGUCCCCAACACUAAGUGGGAUAAAGGAACUGGAUCACGAAAAUGGAAUGAUGUUGGCGAUUGCAGCACGGGACUUUGCACUCACUCAUUCAGCCCUUGGGGCCCACUUCCUCUGCAAGAUCUUCCAGGGUGGCACAGAAAAUAAGUUCUUGGAAUCCCUGAAGGAAUUCUAUGAGCAUGUCCGCUAUGUGAAACCCAAUUCCAGUCGAAGUGAAUCAAGGGAAAUUUAUGUGCUUGCAAGGAGGAUGAAGAAGAGAAUAUAAGCUCUUUAUUACCUUAAGAUGAAAGAAAAAAAAAGCAGAAAGAAUGGAUGAAAAGGCACAUCCCAUGACAGGAAGAAGGAGCAUGAAAUGAUGUAAUCUAAGAAUAUGGGAAAUCAUGGACUGGGGAGCAGGUUGUGGUCUGCAGCAACGGCUUUGAGCUGAUUGAGGCCUUUCUCCAGGGAAAUACGGAAGCCACGAGAUGUGGGCAGGAGAGGGAAGCUUAGAGAUACUCCACCUGUCAUCAAUGAAAUAUAUACAUAAGAAGUAUAUGGUUUGGUCUUAGAGAAUGCAAGGUAGCCCCUUACCUUGAUCAGAAUUCAAGAUGCUCUCCAUCCGAUGCAAAAAUCUAAAAUCAAUGGAGAAGAAUCACGUCCAAUAUAAUUUGUUAUCAGGGCCAAAAAUAAAUACAAUUUUUUCGCAAAACUGCUUUUCUUUGUCUAAAGAGCACUCUAGCC